UGCAUAAAAUGUAUCUGACCAGUUUAAAGACUAACAAAAUAUGCAAUCAAUCACCAGCCAGAGGAAAAGAAAUCUGAUCAUUCCCUGCUUCCUUUCCCCCACAGAACCAGCUGCAGAAAGGACCUAUUCUCUUAAUCUCAUUCAUCUAUUUAUUAUUUGCAUUUCAACAGGAGGAAAACAUGAUCACUUUAUCCAAUGUGACACAGAGCCUGGAAAAUGUCUUCAAAAGGAUUUUUGUUACUUAUAUGGACAAUUGGCGAAGGAACGAGACGAUGGAGCAAGCAACUCUCCAAGCCAGAGUGGAUGCGGAGAACUUCUACUACGUCAUCCUGUACCUCAUGGUGAUGAUCGGAAUGUUCUCCUUCAUCGUUGUAGCUAUCCUGGUGAGCACGGUGAAAUCCAAGAGACGAGAACAUUCCCAUGACCCCUACCACCAGUACAUUGUGGAGGACUGGCAGGAAAAGUACAGGAGUCAAGUUUUGCAGCUGGAGGAAUCAAAGGCCACCAUCCACGAGAAUCCUGGUGCGACAGGGUUCAAAAUGUCUCCGUGAUAAGGAACACAGGUACAGAGCUGAGAUCCGACAUCCAGGUACUGUGAGACGCCCGCAGGCCAUGCAAAUCCACACUGUCACUGCUUAGAAGAGAAGUUCUUCCUUGCUUCCCUUGAGAAUUUUCACAAACGUUAUGUGGCUGGCCAGCUGAGACAGAUGACAUUUCAAUUGUAGUGAUUUAUAUUUGCUUAUUGGGGUGACAUUUUGUGCCGAAGACCUCUUUUAUUUUCUAUGCAAUGUAAAUGCCAUUUAAAUCAAUGUCAGCAGUGGAAAUAAAAGCAAAUUUAAAGCAAAGGGCCUGGGCAGCGGUGGUGGAAAGAGAAAGGACAGAUUUACAAAUCACUGGACCUUCUUUCUCAUGAAACACUAGCUUGGAUGUGACAAAUUCAAUUUAUAAAUACUCAGAUGUAUUUUUCAGAAGCUGAGGAUCAAAAUUUAUUACUUGUUGACUGGAUUGACAGAAAUAUUUCUUAUUAAUUUAUGAGUGCAGUCUGAAGUGACGAAUGAACAGGAUGGCAAGGUUACAUUUAUUAUUUCCUGGUAUUUAACUUAUUUGGAAGUUUGAAGAUAGAAAAGGCAUUGCAAAGGGCAAAUAAUCCAUACCGGCAAAGUCAAAUAUUUAAGAAAUAGCUGGUGUGACAGAAACAUAUUUUAACAAACAUUUAAAGUUUUGCAGAAAAUUAACCUGUAGAAGUUCUCAUUAUUUAAGAAAAAUGAUAAAAAGUUAUGACAUGGGUUAUAAACGACUCAUUCUUUACAUUCAAUUGUACCUUAUUGACACUUGUUUUAUUUUCCACUGAAGUUACAGAAAGUGUCUAAAUUGCUGAUGUCUGUUGAAAAGCUAGACAGUAAUUGCUAUUUUGUACCACGGUACGGAGCAGGCACUAGAGAGAUAUGGGUCAAAAGAUGCAAAAUUUCAGUUGAUAGGAGAAAUCAACUCAAGAGAUCUAUUGUACAGUAUGAAGACCAUAGUUAGUAACAGUGCACUGUAUUCUUCAAAAUUGCUAAGAAUAGGCUGGAUGUGGUGAUGCAAGCCAGUAAUCCAAAGACUUGGGAGGCUGAGGCAGGAGGAUUGCCAAAAGUUUGAGGC